UUAAAUAUUCAAACGAACAAAACACAAAGCAACAUUGUAAAACAACAACAGCAGCAACAACAUAAAUUACAUCCGAGAGUUUAUUAUUUGCGAGAGCGCGUCCCUUUUCGUUCGCUUGAAUUUUGUGUCCAGAAAAAUAAAGGAAACGCGAAAGAAAAAAAUUCCAAUACAGAAAAAAAAUAAUUUUCCAUAAAAUUAAGUGAUUAUAAUUAAAAGUAAAUUGAUUUCAAGACAAUUAUAAAGAUCUUAAAACAUUUAAAGCUGGCAAAAAUACAGACAUCACAGCUUCGUUGUUUCAUAUUUGGGUUUUUGCUAAGAAAAAAAAAACACCAACUUUCUAUACCCAGUGAUAAAUCUUUUUUUCAUUGACGGCUUCCUUUUUUGCUAAUGCGGCAUAAAACACACACAAACAAAUGAAAGGAGAUGUGAAAAAACAGGAAAAUAUACAAAAAUUUAAUCAAAAAAAGAAAAGUCAGUUUUAAUCAAAAGCUUUUGCUGGGGGAAAGGAGAAGUUAAAAAAAACUGUUAAAAGAAUAUUGCAAAAACAGGAAUUAUUUAUGCCGCUUUCUAAGUGCUUGGAUGUUGUGAAAUCUGUUAACAAAGCCACUUAACACCAUUGAAAAUGUCAUUGGAAGGCGCAAAAUUCAUAUGCCUCGAUGAAGCCGGCAAUCAUGGUGAAAUUGUAUUGGCCAAAGGCCGCAAAUUUACCAUGGGCUAUUAUGUGAGUUGUGAUUUUGUUUUGGUCGAUGAACGGGCCAAGGGAGUUCAUUGUGAGAUCGAAUGUGAUGCAUUCGGAAGGGUAACUAUACGUAAUUUAUCACCCGAUAAACCCAUUUUAGUUAAUGGCUCCACUGUUGAAAUCAAACGCAUCCUAUUGAACAAUUCGAAAUUGUCAAUUUUGGAUAAACAAUAUUUGUGGCUAUUUCCGAAAAUUUCCAGUAAUGAAUUCGAAGAUUUACCCGUCGAAGCUGCAUCAACGCCUCAAAAACAAAUCGGCAUACCAGAGCAGCCGCCAAACUCUUGUCCAGAUUUUAAACUUCAUCGAGAAAUACCCAAACGAUUUACCGUACACAAUUUCGCCUAUUGCAUACAAUCGGAUGAAGAGGGUAACAUAUCAUCAGACUCAAAUGAUGAAAACACCAACGAACAGGACACACAAACAAAUCAAAACCAAAAUGAACAUGAAACUCAGACAAAAUGUGAUAAAACUACUACAGACUCUAAAGAAAAUAUCACACAAGAAAAAGACGCUGCCAAUCGCAAUCGUAGUGUAACACCAGAACCAAAAGAUCAAAAUGAAAAGUCCACGGGGGCUGUAAUGGAAACACCUAAAAUGAACUUAAUCAAUUGUACAAAAGAUAAAGAGAACAAAAGUACACAAAAGAAAAAUAAACAAUUGCUUAUGAUGUGCAAUCAGUCGGAUGUUGUGAUAACUUCAUUUUCACCGCGUGAAACGGGAGUUAGAAUUGAGAAAUCGUUUGCGACCAUUGUAAAGCCAAAAGUGCUGGUCACUAAAACGCCUGCAACACCCAAAAGUGUUUAUAGCACACCAAAAAGUGAUUUCAACGAAAAAGAACGAGAGGAUGAGGCAGAUGAUGAUAAAGAAAUAAUGACUUUUCACACGCCUUCGACAUCCAAAAAAGGUACGGCAAGUACUACAAGUAUGUCUACUGCCUGCUCAAAAGUACUUAAAAAUUCCUCUAUGCAUUUAAUCGAUUUAACUACACCGAAUAAAUUAAGACCGGCUAGUCCGUAUUUGAAAUCAGCUUUGAAAGCUUCUGCCAAGAAAAAUAUCACACAAACUGCUGUCGUCGAUAAAUCAUGUAGUAAAUUGUCUGCAGAAGAACGAUUAGGUUUAUCAGCAUUGCCUUCUACACCUGUUUUAACAGAUGCCAGCACUAGUGCUUUAGAAACGCCCUGUUCUGUUAUAAGUGUUAGCAGCUCCACAGAUACUUCGAGUAUAAUAGAAGUAACAAGUGAUGGCUCUAAUAUUGGCAUCACUCCGGGCAGUUCCACUGGUUUGAACACACCAGCUAAACCGCAAAAUCGAACGGGAGCCUGUACUCCAAAGAGAACUCCUCACUCUUUGAUGAAACGAGCUCUCUUGACAAGUGCCAAAAAACAAAACACAACACCACAAAGAAAUGCCAACACAGCUACCACACCGCGUAGAGAAUCUAUAAAUCGUAUACCUUUACGUAGUAAUUUAGCUUUGUUAAGAACCCCCGUUACUCCGCAAGCUUCAACUGGUGAUAAUAGUACUUCCCAAUUGCCUAGAAGACUAAGCUUGAGUACUCCCACACGCAAAAGUAUGCCAGCAAGGAAUCGUUUCGAUAUGUCUCCAUCUACAAGUAAUUUAGCAUCAUCACCUUCAACCUCCAACAAAAUGGCCACACGACGUUCCUCUAUUAAUCCCAUUUCUGCAGCAAGAGCUUUGCCCACUUCCACCCCCGUAUCAGCUUCUAGUAAUAAUUCUGGCUUGAGAACUCGUGCCGCCUGUAAGACUUCUCCCCUCCAUAAGGUGCGUAAAUCUAUAGGAGGUGUACCGUUAUCUUCACACAUAUCUAAGACACGUAGAUCAAUUGUACUGCCAGCUUCGACUUCUAAAAUUACAUCAAUUAAGGAAAAAUCUCCACAACAAGUAAUGAGUGAUAGACUCGUUACAAGGGCUCGCAAAUCCUUGUGCCUAACACCCAUAUCAGACAGGUCUCGUAAUAUGGCGACAGCGGCAAAAACACCAUCUCAGCAAGCAGGUCCCUCUAGUAUUCUUAAAGCAAAAACAACACAGUCAGCUAGAAAACUCGAGCGAAAGGCGGUAUUAUUUGCAGAUAAACAACCGACAGUUGAUGGUGAAUUAGAUGAUCUAAGUCGUACCUUUAUUGUUGACUCUGAUGAGGAAGAAAAUGCAGAGAAACAAGAGGAAAAACCAAAAGAUGCUACAUUUUCACCAGAGAAAGAACCCCAAAAGUUAACUGAGAAAGUUGACAAAAAAGAAGCUAAAAAUGAACAAGAAUCAAUAGAAAUUCCAGUAGAUGUAGAAGAAAUUACAGGUUUGACUAAAAAUAACAAAGAACCUAAGCACGAAGAAGCCAUUAAAACAAGCAAUGAGGAAAAAAUUGUCACAGCUGAAGAGAAGAAUAAUAUUGCGGAAGAUGUGGCUGUCACAGAAAUUGAAGUGGAGGAGGUUGAAAAUAAUGUGCCACUUCCUGUUUGCGAUAAGAGCAAAUCUAUUGUGACUGAAGAAAGUUUUGCUGAGAUUAUAAAUGAUUCUCAGGAAUCAAACGAAGAAGAUAUUAAAGAAAACAGAUUGAUUGAUACCAUUGAAAUCACUGAUAGUCCAAAAGAAUGUUCACCUACUGAACCUCAAGAAAGUUUUGCUGAUGCUCUGGAGGAAAUUGUUGAUGAAAACAUUAAAGAAACUGAAACAAAUAGAACAGACAUAACAGAAGAUCCAGUCCAAACUAUAACUCAGGAUAAGAAUGAGAAAACCGAAGUCUUAGAGACUGGUUUUGGGGAAGAAUCAAUUGUAGAGAUAAUAGAAAUUUCGAACAGUGAAAAUACACCAAUUGAAGGUGCUAAAAAUGAAGAAGAAACUACAAGUGACACUGUAAAUCAUACACCUGAAUUGAAAAAUCAAAGUCCUACAGAAAACAAAACCGAGGAGCAGAAAAAUUCACAAGAAAUUGAAAAUGAAUCAUCUGAGAAAGAAAUAGUUGAAUGCGAAACUAUUACAGAAGAAACAAAAUCCUUGGACGUUCUGGAAGUGGAGGAUAAAGUUGAACUCAAAGUUGAUGAUCAAAAGUCUUAUGAAUACAAGCCAAUCGUGGAAGAUAUAACCCUGGAAGGUUCUUUAUUAGAAAAAGAAACGAAAGAAAACGAAGACACAAAUGUAAGCAAACAACCUUUAUACGAAGACAUCACUUUGGAAGCAUCCUUAAUAGAUGAGAAGGUUAAAAGUGAAGAAAUUAAAGAUGAAAUAACAAAAGAAUCUGAAGUUUCAAAAAUAUUACAAGCCGCCGAAAAUUCAGAGGAACAACAUGAAAAUAUUCCAACAGCAGAGGAAAUUUCUGAUAUCACCCAAGAACCAGAAAGUUCAACUGUUCAAGCAACAAAAGAAGAUGAAGAUGUUAUACCUGAUGUGAAGGUUCUUGAAUUGUCGCAAACAGAUAAAGUUAAUGAAGAAACAUUAGAAGAUAAACUGGAGGAAAAUAUUGAUAGUUCUGACAUAAUAGAAGAACUGUCAACCUCUAAAUCUGAAGUUCAAUCAUCAACGAUAUUUAAUGAGGACAUCGAUGAUGACAAUACAAACAAAUUAUUGGAAGAAAUAGAAGAUGUUCUUAAUAAAUCAGAUGAAAUAAAACAAAAACAUCUUAUUGAGCUGGAAGAAAGUAAAGAGGAGAGUGAAAAACCACUAACCGAAGAGUUUGAAAGUGAAAAACUUACACAAGAAAUUAUGGAGAAAGAAGAAGAAGUAACAAAUGAAAUGGCAGAAAAUAUCUCGAGUGAUGAUAAGGUUCGGGAAAUUACAGACUUAGAAAUAUCUCAACAAGACGUCAAAAGCCUAGAUCAAGAAGACGUAAAAGAUAAUGAAAGUGAAGAAGUAACUGAGACGCCAAGUCAAGAAGAAACUCCAACAUCUACAGAGACUGUUCAUGUGGAAACAGAUAAUAUUAAUUUGACUGAUGAAAUGCCAGAGUUUAGUAUUGAAAAAGACUCUGAAACAACAACAAUAGAAAACGAAAUUGUUCUUCCAAGUGAAGAAAAUGUUGAAUGUAAAGAACAAAAUACUCAAUCUUCAGAAAGUAAUGUUACCCAACCCGAAAACAAUACUUUGAAUGAAGAAAAAGCUGAGUCAUGCGCUCAGGAAAAGUCUGAAGUUAAAGAAACUGAAAUUGGUGUUUCAAAUGUGGAGCAUAAUAAAGAAACAAAAACUGAAACAGAAGUCAAUGUCCAAAAUGUGGACACUGCUGAAGAAAUUGAAGUGAUCACUUCAAAUCUAAGUGAUGAUGCUACUUUCUCAGAAACUGUUGAUUCUGAACAUGCUGACAGUACUUCAAAUGAAAGCAAGACUGAAAUAGAUACUCAGGAAAGUUCUGAUGCUAAAGAAUCUAAAAUUAUUGUUCUAACUGAGGAAAAUGUUAAGGAAGUUCAAGCUAAAGAAUCUGAAAACGAUAAAAAUGAGAAGAAUGCUGAAGAAGCAAUUGCUUUAAAUCAAAGUCAAGAUACACAAUCAGCAGAAACUGAUGGUUCCAAAACUAAAGACAAAACUUCGAAUGGUGAAAAGAUUGAUUUAUGUAGUCAAGAGAAAUCUGAAGCUAUUGUAGCUGAAAUUCUUGUUCAUGAUGAAGAUAAUGCUGAAGAACUUGAAAAUAAAGAAACUAAACUCAUUAAAAUUGUGGAGAAUUCUGAUGAACUUUAUGCUAAAGAAUCUGAAAGCACUCAAAAUGAGGAGAAUCCUGAUGAACUUGAAGCUAAAGAAUCUGAAGUCACUCAAAAUGAGGGGAAUGAUAAUGAUAUUGAUGCUGUAAUUCAAAGCCAUAAACAAGACACAAAAUCUUCAGAACAUAUUGUUUUACAAACAGAAGAAGAAAAUACCGAGUUAAGUAUUCUGGAAGAAUGUGAAACAGAAACUGCUGACCAAAAACUAGAGAAUGCUGAAACUCUUAAAGAUUCCGCCUCAAUUCAAAGUGAAGAAUCUAAAUCAUUUGAAAAUAUUGUUUCAAAUGAAGAAAAGGCCGAAGAAAAAGAAAUUGAAAUCGUUCAAAAUGUUCAGGAACAAUCAGCGGUCCUCGAAAAUUCAAGUCAAGAAAUUGUUGAGGAACAUGAAAUCGUUCAAAAUGAGCAAAAUGUCCAAGAACAAUCAGCGGUCCUUGAAAAUUCAAGUCAAGAAAUUGUUGAGGAACAGACAGUGGUCGUUGAAGCUUCAAGUCAUGAUAAAGACUUUAAAUCUUCCGAUGAAACUGAAAAUGCCAACGUUAGUCAGUCUGCAGCAAACUCGGAACCCGAAAUUGUUGAGGAACUACCAGCUGCCACCGAAAUAUUAAUUCAAGAUACCAAAUCUUCAAAUAAGACUGUUAAUGACAACGUUACUCAGUCUGAUACAGACACCGAACAAAAGAGAAAUCUAAAGAACUUUUGA